AUGUCAACUCAUUCAAUCCUAAACGAUUCCGUUUCGAAUCAAUUAAAUCAAUCCAAUGAGACGUUGAGCAUUGAGGAAUGGGAGGCGUUGUGCGUUGAAAACGAAAACGAUAAAGACAUAUUUUUAACGGAAAAUGAAAUUUAUUCCAUCGGAAAUUUCCACCAAAAUCUUGUCGACUUGGAGGUUAAAAGCGAAAGGAAUGUUAUCAAUUUUCUUAAACAGCGGUACUUGGAUAAACAAUUUUAUACUUGGGCUGGACAAACGUUGCUCUCUUUGCAUCCAUACGAAGAUGUCCCCCCGAGAAAAGGAAAUAAAAAUUUGCCCAGCGUGGACGCAAUCGUUUCGAGGGCUUGGUUUAAGUUGUCGAGAAAUAUUGGAAAACCAAAUCAAACGAUUGUUAUUUCGGGGGAAAGCGGAUCGGGGAAAACUUAUUCUGCUUGUUUGGCUAUGAAAAGUAUUGCUGGGAUGAAGGAUGUUGUUAAUUCUGAAUCGGUUUUAUGGCAAACUUGGUAUUCAGUACCACUUUUAACAGCAUUUGGUAACGCACCCAAUGAGCACAACAAUAACAGUUCAAGAUUUGGGAAAUUACUCCAAUUGCAAUGGAACGACGGCCAAAUUGUUGGGGCCUUCAUAAAAACGUUUUUAUUAGAAAAAUGUAGAGUUUCCGGGCCGAACCUCAACGAAGGAAAUUUUCAUAUUUUUCGCCAGAUUUUAGAUAGCCUCGAUCCCGAAUCAUUAUCAAAUUUGUAUUUAGACCCGGAAAUAAUCUACAAAAUAGCCCCACCUUCCGAUAACAUAAUAAGAUCAACUUACGCAGAAACCGCGAAAUCUUUAAAAAUGUUAAACAUAAACGAACUAAACGAAAUCAUGAUCAUUCUCGCGAUCAUUUUAAAUCUGGGAAAUGUCGCGUUUAUCACGAAAGAUGACCACAUCCACAUCGGGAGGGAGUCACAAAAAUUUUUAUGCAACACCUCAAAACUUUUAAAAAUCGAGCCUGAGGCUUUAAUAAAAUUGUUAGUGACCAAAACGUUCGUAACAAAAGCAAGAGAUUCGAUUUACACAUCGCUUUGUUCUAAUAAAGAGGAGUGUUACGAAAGAAGAAAUUGUUUGAUGAGGUACCUUUACAACAACUUAUUUUUGUGGUUAAUCGAUCGUGUAAAUGAACAAAUUUAUUACCCCGAAAACGAUUAUAAAUUAUUGGGAAUCUUGGAUAUUUAUGGCUUCGAAGUUUUUGAAAGCAACACUUUCGAACAGCUUUGUAUUAAUUACGCCAACGAACGUUUACAACAAUUUUUCGUCUGUGAUCAUCUUUUAAAGCAAAAACGAGAUCUUGAAAGUGAAGGAUUUUUCAUCGAAAACAUUGACACAUCGAGUUAUUCCCAAAGAAUCGAUCUUUUAGAUGGAAACGUUUCGAUUUUUGGUGUCUUAAACGAAGAGUGUACAAUGAAACGUUUUAACACCGACGUUUUCGUAAAUGCGAGAUUAUCAGAAACGUUUAAAACUAACAAGUAUUUUGAAAAAUCGGCGAAUAAUUUCUCAACGAUUUUUGUAAUAAAACAUUUCGCGGGGGAUGUUGCUUAUAACACGAAAACGAUGUUGUUUAAGAAUAGGGAUAAAAUCCCUGAUGAAAUGAUUGGGUUUUUAAAAGAAUGCAAAUUUCCUUUUUUAGAGUGCAUCCUCGAAACGAAUAAGUUAACGAAUAAAACGUCUUUGGGGAAAUUUAAAAAAUCUUUAGACGAUUUAAUCAACAUUUUAAACGAAUCGGAUGUUCAUUACAUUAAAUGUUUAAAACCGAAUAACAUUCAAUUAAGCGGAUUCGUCGACGAAUUAUUUUUAAACAAUCAGUUACAUUCAAACGGGAUUAUUGAUAUCUUAAAAUUACAAUUUCAAAACUUUUUUAUUAAACUCCCGGUUAAAGAAUUUUUAAAAUCGGUUUCAAAGAACACUUUUAACAUCCUUGAAAUCAUUUUUAAAGAAUCAAUUCAUGUCGGAAACGAAUUUAUUUAUUUAACUGAAGAUGCCUAUUUCGGAUUUGAAAUAUUAAAAUGCGUCGAACGCUCUUCGGCGGCUAGAAAAGUGCAACGAUGUUGGAUUAAUUACGUGCAACGUAGAAAAACGAUCUUAACCAUACAACAAUUCGAAAAUAAGAACAAUAUUAUUGAGGAAAUGAUCGAUUUGCGUAAAACGUCGAGUGAGGUUUACAUCACAAGAGAUGAUUCGAGUGUUAAUUUGACGGAUCAUUUCACAACUUCUUGUAUGAAAGCUGAGGAAUAUUUGAGGGUUCAUUAUGUGAGGAAAAGUUACGAAGGCGAACCUUUAUCUUUGUGUUUAGAGAAGAUUUUUAAUAACGUUGAAACCAAAAAAUUUAAGAGGGUUUUGUUUUUUGGUGAUCGUAUCAUUAGUUAUAAUAGAUUAGCUGAGAUUCCAGUGCGAUUACACCUUUCAAAAAGUUGUAUUCCUUAUUCGAAUUUAUUACCCAAAUCUGAAUUGGCGAAAGGAUUAACUGAUAUUUUUUAAUUUUUAUGUGUAACUAUAUCAUUAAAGAAAAUUUUUAAUUUA